GAAAGUUUCUGCUGUUCUUGAAGGUCACCAGGGAGCUGUUAAUGCUCUGGCUGCUGUUAUUGUUCCUGCAUGUGAUAAUUCAAGAACUACAAGAACCAUCCUAGUUUCUGCUUCUGGAGAUUCAUCUGUGAGGAUAUGGGAGCGUAAACAAGCAGAGGUUCCUGUAAUUGCGUGUGGUGGAGAAGACUGCAAAGUUCACUUAUUUACAGAGAAAGAUAACAAGUUUUUAAAAGUACAAAGUUUAUUGGGCCAUGAGGAUUGGAUCAGAGGCACAAAUUUUGCAUUAGAAGAUGGUGGAAAUCUGCUUCUUGUCAGUUGUUCUCAGGAUAGCUUCAUUAGGAUAUGGAGGAUUUCGCUUUCUACAACAUAUCCAGUGACUAAUUCUGACAUCGUUCAAGAUGAAUUUAAAGAACUGAAACUAACUUCCAAUGUUUUCAGUGUAACUGACAAAGGAUCAUCAAAAGACUUUUCAGUUGUGCUGGAAUCAGUCCUGACUGGACAUGAAGGUUGGAUUUACGGGGUUCAUUGGCACCCUGCAAUUAGGAAAGGGGAUGGAUCGUUCACUCAGCCUAUGUCAUUACUCUCAGCCUCUAUGGAUAAAACAUUAAUAGUGUGGACUCCGGACAAAGAAACUGGUGUUUGGUUGGAGAAAGUUCGUGUUGGAGAAGUUGGAGGGACAACUCUUGGUUUUUACGGGGCAGUUUUCAGUCCUAAUGGCCAAUCUAUUCUUGGGCAUGGAUAUCUCGGAGCAUUUCAGCUGUGGAACAAUGUUGCCUCUGAGAGUGAGGAAAGAUGGGAGCCCGGUGUAACAGUUGGUGGACACUUUGGUCCUGUACAAGACAUUGACUGGGAUCCAGUAGAUGGGCAGUUUCUUGUGAGCGUCAGCAGUGAUCAGACAACUAGAUUACAUGCUCCCUGGAGAGGGGAUGGAUUUCAAAAGCCUGUUUGGUGCGAGAUAGCUCGUCCACAGGUACAUGGAUACGACAUGCAGUGUCUGAGCAUGCUCAGUAGAUACAGACUGGCGUCUGGAGCUGACGAAAAGGUGAUAAGGAUCUUCAGCGCUCCUCGCCAGUUUAUGGAAACGUUUCAAAAACUUUGCAAAUUGGAAGAAAACAAAGAGAUGUGUGUUAGUUUACCCGUUGGAGCCAGUGUACCGGCUCUUGGACUCUCAAACAAGGCAGUUUUUGAAGGUGACAUGGACAGUCUGAGGAGGGACCUGGAAGACCCAGCGAGACCCAUGAAGUCGUCCGCGUUUGCCAGUGAGGAGCCUGCUCCAUUUACACCGGUGUCAUUGAAAGAACCUCCCACCGAAGAUGUUUUACACCAGAACACGCUAUGGCCUGAAGUACAGAAACUAUAUGGUCACGGAUACGAAGUUUUCUGUAUGGCGUCAAGUCCUGACGGGACACUGCUGGCGUCUGCUUGCAAGGCCUCUAAACCAGAACACGCCGCUUUAAUAUUAUGGGAUACCAGCACGUGGAGACAAAUUUGCUCGUUACCCUCUCACGCACUCACUGUAACACAAAUAGCUUUCGAUCACAGUGGCCAGCGGCUUCUGUCUGUGUCGCGUGACCGCUGUUGGUCUGUUUUCAAGAGAAAAGCAAACGACGAGGAAGGUCAGCUCUUCAAACUUGUUGCUCGAAGCGAUAAAAAGAAUCAACACGCCAGGAUUAUUUGGUCAUGUGCUUGGAGUGGAGAUGACGAGUACUUUGCUACGGCCUCAAGGGAUAAAAAGGUUAUAUUAUGGGGUCAUGCCGACAUUGCUAGCGACAACUGGCAUGCGGCUUCCAGUCCUUUAGAUGUCGGUGAAGCUGCCACCGCUGUAGAUAUUGCGCCAGGGGUCAGUAAUAUAAGAUACACCAUUGCUGUUGGUACUGAAUCAGGCCGUAUAUUUCUAUAUUCCUGGAGUUUGAAUGGAGCCAGCUGUCCAGGUGGCCAGUGGAGUCUUCUCCAUGCAUUAGACCAAUCGAUUUGUCACGUGCUUACAGUUCGACGGUUGCGAUGGAGACGGACUAAAGACUCUAAUAACAGUGCGACUUUACAGCUGGCGAGCUGCGGUCUGGAUCAUAGUGUCAGAAUAUUUAAUGUAACAGACACUACGUGACAAGUUGGCAAGUUUCGCCCGGCCCGUGCAGCAGGAGCGGGGCAAGGAUAUAAGAAACACACGCGCGACACGGGAGAGAACAUGGCUCCCACGCGUGAUACCUCCCUCAUGCAGCCUGCCUCAAUCAUUCACAUUGAAUUCCUUUUACUAUUGACGUGAAGACGUGAAAUGAUUUUUUUGGGUCUUGUUUCUAAUUUUAUUCAUCAAAAAAAACCCCUCAAUUCGUCGUGUUACUUACUGUUUUUCAUUACUCUCGUAAAUAAAUCUCAUAUUUUCUCUAGAAAUUUCACAAACAACAAAACGUAACCAGUACCACUUUUAACUAUGACAAAUGAUACAUCGAUUCAUAUGACAUUGCAUUCUGAGACAAACUAAUUUGUAUCAUGACCUUAGCUACUGACAUCCAAAACUACCAAAACAAGGAACAUUUGACUGAGUCAAUGACAGUAAUCUAAAAGACAAUUGUAUGGAGAGGCUCUCAAUGGGGUGAACUGUUAGCCGUAAAAUGGCGGGAAAAAAAAUAGCCGUUAGUCGUAAAAUGGCCAAAAUCUGAAUCGUUGAGUGUAACAGCCAUCGCCAUCGAGACCCUCAUCAAUGAAAAGUAAUCUAGUCUUUACCUAAAAGACACGAUCAUAUGGAUAGGGUGUCCUAAGUGGGGUUAACCGUUAGCCGUAAAAUGGCCAAAAAAAAAAAAA